AUGAUACGAAAUCAAGCCGCUUCGACGGUCCCAUCCGGACACGCUCGGAACACUAUCCGUUGCGACAAGAUCGUAGUCACUCCGCAUGGUUGCGACAAGAUCGUAGUCACUCCGCAUGGUAAACCAUAUCUCCCACAAAGCCAAAUUAGGAACACCUCGUAUCAACAACCGGGAAAGCAACAAACUUGGGCCCAGCUACCCAAACAGCUAAAAUUUCGAAUUACUCCUAAGGACAUCGAAUACUUAGCAAAACGCCAGUCGAAUCCGACUGAAGAUCUGAAAGGUGAUCAGCUCGACUCCGAGCUGUCCUCGAAGAUUAAGCCCAAGUGCUGA